AUGCCUAAGCUUAGUCGUAAGCAUGCAGGGACCAAGCAAAUAUAUCUGAGCAGCAUUACACAUGAACUGCAUAGGAAGUCAAGCUCAGGCGAACAAGUGAGCACAGGCAAUGAAGUCGUAAGUGGUCUAUCCAGUCGAUACCACUCAUGGCAAGGUUCCAGAGCAUGGGCCAAGCACAUGUACCUGAGCUGCAUUAUACAUAAACUGCAUUGGAAGGAGAAGCUUAGGCGAACACGCAAAGGCAAUGAAGUCGUAAGCGGCGUAUCUAAGUCGAAGAUCGAAACUUCCGCCACUCAUAGCAAGGUCCUAGUACAGGGACCAAGCAAAUCAGAAGCCUUAGGUGAACACAGGUCGAAGAUCACAUCCCGCCACUCACAGCAAGGUCCCAUGAAGCUCAGGUGA